AUGGUGUAUCUGAUGGCGUUGGCGGAGUCGGUGAAGACGGCGAUAUCUGGUGUCAAUGCGACUUCAUCCACCGUCACAACACUGCAAAGUCUGCUGAGCUCAGCUUCAGGAGCUCCAAGCAAGGCAUCGACCACGACUCAAGAUCCACGGAACGAACGAACGACAUCGAGAACUUCCAGGCCCGCAAAGCCGUCAAGAGCACCAGCGAAACCUGCUCGCAAGGACCAGAAAGUCCAGGUUCUGGAGGAUGAGCCCAGGAGUCUUGCCCUGAAAGCGGGAUAUGCGUUGGCUACGGAAGUCGUCAAUACUGCCUUGAAGGUCCUGUCCGAUGCCUCAAGGCAACCAGCGAGACUAAGAAGCCAUGCCAGGCGAUCGUCAGUCCAGAUCAGUGCUACGCCGAAAAGGGCGCCUACGACUCCAGCUUCGCAGCGAGGUCUCAAGCAGAUAUCUGGCAAUGAGACUCCAGUCACUCACUCGCCAUUGAAGCAGCCUGGAUCUCAAAGACGACCUUCACAAUGCUCGAUAUCUGGAAGCUCGCCCUCUUCAGAUCAUCUGGUUCCAACGGCGGAAUGUGCUCGACUGGGAUUCUCGUUUCUGCGAUCUAUCGAUUUGCAGAAGCUGGGCGUGCGAGAGCCUCCAAAGUUGCAGCUGGAGACUGGCAUGCUGGCGCUCUGUGGCAAGCUGAUCACGCUGGAGCUGCAUAGUCUUGCUGCGAAAGAACUGCGUGCUGUCAAGAGGAUGUUGGAGUCUACCUUAGGAAGUCGACCAACUUCAUCGAAAGCUUCGUCCGGUACCAGCCAGCCACGAGCAGAUAGUGAGACUCUGUCGAGCUUGUUGCAGUUGAGCAUUGCCUUCGACGCUUGUCCAGACGCCUGGCCCCUGAUCAUCAACUUCCAGCUAUACGUGCUUCAACUCAUUGCGGCUUCGCAUCAACCUGGAAUGAUUGAGGAAGUCUUCGAAUUGUUGGCGACCGAUUCCCUAAGAACUCCCGCCAGCCUCAUUCGACGACAGGUGAAAGAUGGAGGAGACCGUGGCAAAGCGUCCAAGCAACUUGCGAGCCUGUCUCGAAUUAUCUUGCAACUGUGCCCCAAUGUUGCGUCUUCGGCAGACGCUCUGGCGAAAGAUGCAUCUCGAAGCCGUUCACCACUGGUGGUUUUCAAGCUGCAGACGAUGUCCUUGCAACUCAGGCAAGAGAGUUGGCGGCUUUCGCGCCAUGAAGGGGAUGUUGAGAAAGAGCUUAUCGACCCAUUCUCGAAAUGUCUGGCAGCUCUCGUUCGUCGACUGCCAUCACAGAAGAGUACUGUCGAAGUCUUCAACGCCUGCAAAGACGCCUACGGGAUCUUGCCUACAGCGAAUGGUCCCUCGUCAAAGUUCGUCAUUCUGAGGACACUUUCGAUACUCGCUGGAAGAGCCUCCCUCGAGCAAGAAGCACUGGACUUCGCACAACAACUCUCGGGAGAAUGUCAGAGUCUCGGCAACGAUCACGCACGCUUUGUCACCGCCAUGGCCAGGAAGUCAUCAGCACUGUCGAAGAAGAAGCAACAGACCUCUGAUAUCGAACAACUCUGUGCAGGCAUGAACACCAUCUGCGAGAGUCUACGAAAGAGCCUGUCUGGGACUGCGUCGGAAUACGAAGCCCUGUUCGCUGAGCUGGCGGAACUUGUCAACAUGAAUCACAUUACCCCCGAGAUUGAGUCCCUUGGAGAGGUCAGGAAACGGCUCGCUGGAUCUGUUGCAGGCUUCACGUCGAGCUAUGUUCGCUCUUUUCCCGAUAAGAACAUCGAGAUCGCACAAGAAGUCAUACAAUCUGCUUUAUCGCAAUGCGGAUCGAACGAGUCGUUGCUUGGCUGGGUCACCAAAGACACUGCUCAAGUCUUGAUCCGAUCUGGAGUGCUGCGACGAGUUGCAGAGAAAGUCUCUUCGAAAUCUGCAGCGCUGGCCUGGACGUCUUUCAGCUCGGCUAUGACUCUGGCAAGAGUUUUGAAGCUCGUUACGCUCAAGUCUAUAGCAACUCGGCCUGAAGACCUCACCAAGUGCAUCGUCGAUGAUCCGAAAUCGAGCGACGAAGAACGAGGUGCUUUGAUCGAAUGGCAACUCAAGUGCGCAUUGGACGUCGCACACAAGACCAAGUAUCAGCCUGGCCUGAAGAGUUUCUUACCCGAAUGCUUUCAGAGGCUGGCUAAUACAUACAGCGAUGCUUCGUUUCCAAUCCGGCGGGCGAGAGUGAUAAUUCAGGCCUAUCGUAUUCGAGAGCAAUUUCCUGAGCUUAUAGCACCUCACCAGAUUGCGGCGUUGAUCAACACACCCGUAGUCCUUCGAAGAGACAGGCUAGCAAAAGACGAAGGACUAGCUGCCUAUGAGCCCAGCAUCAGGGCUUCGUUGGAGCUGUCUGCUGCAUUCUAUAGGGGACUUCCAACUGUAGAUGAUCUUGGCCGAUGUCUCUCCGUGUUUGAAGAGACCUUGGACAGCAUUGAUGACCCUGCUGCUCUGGAGCACACUGUCGAUGACCUUUCCUUGGUCCAAGCGCAAUUGACUUCUACCUUCGACUAUUUAGAGAUUAUCGGCGACGACACAGCAAGGCUCAAGGCUGCGAAGCUCUUGAGCUCUAUUGGCCGGGCUACGGGCGUUGGUCAGGAGGAUGGGGUUGUCAGACAAUCACGGACGUACAUCUCGCUGGGAUACGCAGAAAAGGCGGGCGAGGUCCUUUCUUAUAUCACCAAGACGUCUGGAACCGACGAGGUGCCUUCAUUGGAGACUCUCAACAUGUUGAUCUGUCGAGCUGAGCAUUUACUCGCAAUGCAGGACCUGGACGAGUGCCAAAAAAUGCUUGAAACUGUUAGCCAGACUCGCAAGGAGCUUCAAUCGAAAGCACCUCGAUUGCUGCAGACCAGUCGAUAUCGCGUGCUGCUCGGUCGUGCCUGGCUUCUCGCCUCUCGAUGGAUGCUUGAAGGUAGUUCAGCACACGAGUCUCUUUCCGCUGCAAAGCGAGCGGUCAAGGUCAUGAAUAGCAUCUGGUCUGGCCUUGAACGCUCCGCUCUACCUACGGACAACGAAAUCCACCCCGACAACGAGUGCGAGGACCCGGCGGUGGAAGAAGUCACGAACAAGGUCAGCAAGCUUGUCUUGAAACCCGAGGCGAAGACGCCUGAGCCGAAAGCAACUCAGCGGAAAGGUGCUGCGUUUUGGCCAGUCGCUGCACUAUUAUGUCAAGCGCUGAUGCAUCUUGGGGAUGUCUACGUGCAUCAGGGGGUUUUCAACGAAGCCAACUACGCCUCCGAGCAAGCUUUGAAAUUUGCAGAAGCAAUCGACUCCAGUAACUUGCUCUCACGCGUGAGAUACCAUCGAAGCACCCUCCUCGCCACAGCAGGGCGGCUUGAAGAUGCGGAGCUAUGUCUUGCACAUGAUCCCAAUGAAGAUACCACUGUUCCGCCAUUGGUGAGGAUCGAAUAUUUCAGAGCCAAAGCCCUGUUGGCUGUGAAGAAUGGCGACAAUGGUGCUGCGACGAGGUUUUACGAAAAAGCUGAAGCACUUGUCAGGCAGAUUCAAUCUGAUCAACACCUGGCAUCUUUGGACCGACCACGCGAGGUCAACAUCCUAAAAGAGAGCGAGGCAGCAGCAGGGACUGAAUCCAAGCGAUCAACAUCCACAACAACAUCACGCAAGCAAACUACUACUGCCCAGGCCAGACAGAAGGUCUCCACUACAAGGAAGGCUGGGGUGAAGACAGUAGUAAAGAAGACCGAGAACGCAACUGCCAGUCCGAAAGACCUAUCAAAGUCGAGGCCAAAGAUGCUGGCAAGACUCGAAGCGUCGAUUCUCCUCGACAAAGCAAUGGUGUCCUUGGAUCUCGGCCGAAUCGAUGAAGAGAGUCUCGCACGUCUAAAAGAUCUAGCUGCAGCUCUUCCCAAGUCGUUCAAGAGCCAGCGGCUAGAGCACGAAGGUCUCAUGCGAAAGGUAUACUCGGACCUUCAGGCAGAUUUCUCUUUCAAUGUCUUGCCAGAGUCCACACUGUCCUUUCCUGCACUUCAGGUACUUGACCAAGGGCUCUCCACGCCAGCCUCUGAAGGCUCUCUGGUCUCCAAGGUCGUUCCAAAGCCGCCGACGAAAACGAUCAAACGCGGAAAGGCGAUCAGAGCGAACGAGAAACCAGCUCAGUCCCUAGACGAUCUGCUUUGUUCAGCUCGACGCUGCAUCUUACCUGACAACGCCUCUGUCGCACGUCUGAGCACGAGUGAAACGCACAGACAGAACCUCCUAAUUGUAAAUGCUUCGAUGGUGCUUUCUGCGACAUCUGCGCAUCAUGCUUCAGAUGUACUACACCCAAUACAAGAGGCACUGACCGUGGAUUAUGGCAAAAUACAUGCUUCCGAAUGCUAUGCGUCCGUCGCAAAGAUGGACAGGGAUGCUCACUGGAGCUUAGAUCCGCUCGCCUGGCCAGAGACUGCAAUCCAGCCUUCGGCAACUUCGACCACAGCCAAGAAUUUCGGAGACCAGUACGCCAACUUGCUACCAAGCUCAUGGACGGCCGUGUCGAUGACCUUGAACGAACAAUGCGACGAGCUCUACAUCACUCGAUAUCGAUCUUCUCAGUCACCGCUGAUCAUCCGCCUGCCAUUCUCUCGACAACGAUCGGACGAAGCAGACGACGAGGUGUUUGAUUUCGAAAUGGGCAAGGAUGAGCUCAAGGAGAUCAUCGAGCUUUCAAAUUACAGCUGUCACAAUUCUCUCGACACGAAAGCCAAGGGUGCAAAGACCAAUUGGUGGAAUGAACGUGAAGCACUCGAUCGGCGACUCCAGGAGCUUCUCAUCAACAUGGAGAACCUCUGGCUUGGCGGGUUUAAAGGUAUCUUCUCACAACAUACGCACCAGCAGGACCAACUGGAUCGCUUUCGCAGGUCUUUUGAGGCUGUCAUGGAUCGCCACCUGCCUUCACGCAAGUCUAUUAAGAAAGGCUCCAAGAAGUUGGCGCUGGACGAUCAUGUCUUGGAGCUAUUCAUUGGCCUUGGAAGCGAUCAGGAUGGUGAAGUUGAUCUUGAUGAGUCCCUGGCGGACUUGCUAUACUUCAUUGUGGACAUACUCCAGUUCAACGGCGAGCGAAACGCUUACGACGAGAUCGACUUCGACAGCAUGGCGAUUGAUAUUCUCGACGCCUUGCGUACGUACCACGACUCGGUGGAAGAACAGAGCACAUCGAGUGCGCACUUGAUCUUGGUGCUGGACAAAAGAUUGCAAGCGUUCCCAUGGGAGAGUCUACCCUGCUUGGAGAGAUGCAGUGUCAGCCGAGUGGACAGCAUGCUCACUCUAAAGGAUCGGCUGGCGCAGAUGAAGAGAAAACGCAACAGCGACAACGGUCAAUACAUGAUCCCUCGUGGCUCUGGAAGCUAUAUUCUCAACCCAUCGGCCGACUUGAAAGGCACAGAGACGACGCUCAACCCGGCGCUGUCGAAGUUGGCGGCAAGUCGCUCCGAUGGCUGGUCUUCGAUAGUAGGGACCGCGCCUAGUGAAGAAGACUUCAGGGGCAGCCUCUCAAAGUCGUCAAUGCUGUUAUAUUUCGGUCACGGUGCUGGGUCGCAAUACAUCAGCCAAAGAGCCAUCAGGCGGCUUGAUAAGUGCAGUGAGGUGGUCUGGCUGAUGGGAUGCUCGUCUGGUGCAGUCACGGAAUACGAUGAGCUGGAACCCACCGCGGUGCCACUUGCAUACCUCGUUGCUGGCCAGCAAGAUCCACAGCAAGAAGACCGAUCCAAAUGCAUGGCCGUCGUAUCCACACUCUGGGACGUCACCGACAAAGACAUCGACCGCUUCUCGCUAGCGGUAGGAGAAGAAUGGGGUCUCUGGGCCUCCGAAUCCGAGUCCACAAAACUCCCCGCAAAGACGCCCAGAAAACGGGAGAAGCUCGCGGCGCCUUCGACGCCUGAGAAGGUGCCCAAGACGCCGAAGACGCCUAAGGUCAAGAAGACGCCAGCACCGGCGAGGACGCCGGCGAGGAGUCGGAGUAGACCGAGGGGUGGGGAGGAUGGGAAGCAGAGUCUUGUGGAGGCUGUGGCGAGGAGUCGGGAUGCGUGUUACUUGCGGUAUUUGAAUGGGGCGGCGCCGGUUGUGUAUGGGGUGCCGGUUUAUCUGGGUGAUUGA